AUGUCUACUGACAAGGCUUUCACAUUCCUCCCGCUAGGAGCCAUUAUCCAGGAGUUCAAGGUCGCCGGGAAGAACAUCGUGCAAGGGUUCUCUACCGCGGAGCAUUACAAGUCCCACAAUGCCCCUUACUUCGGUGAGACCAUUGGGAGGAUUGCCAACAGAACGGCGCAUGGCAAGUUCGAAUUGAACGGCCAGACGUAUCAAUUACCUGUUAACAACGGCCCAAACUCUCUUCACGGGGGUAAUCUUGGAUGGGGCAAAUGCGAGUUCGAGGGACCUUUUGCUGUUGAUCGGAACGGGAAGCAAGCUACCCUCUUUAAGUAUCUUAGCAAACAUGGAGAAGAAGGGUACCCUGGCACAGUCGAGGUCCGCGUCUGGUAUGUACAGGAGAAGCUAAAUGAGGACGGGUACCAGAAGGAGGUGCUACAUAUCGAGUACGAAGCAGAACUGGUGGGCGACGACGCUCCUGCGACCGCAAUCAACAUCACCAACCACAGCUACUUCAAUCUCAGUGGAUCUUCUACUAUCGCAGGUACUGAGGCCACUCUGAUCACAAACAAAUAUCAGGUUGUCGACGAUGGUGGGAUCCCUACAGGACCCAUCGAGGACUACCCAGGUGUCAAUCCGAACAGUUCCUUCACUUUAGGCGAGAAGGAGCCUGACAUCGAUGACUGUUUCGUUGUCAACACCAACCCCGCCAGCGUCCCACUAGAUACUCGAGACUCAGCUCUGCAAACGGUGGCUUCCUUCUUCCACCCUGAGUCCAGGAUCCAUCUUGAGGUAGCCACCACCGAGCCAGCUUUCCAGUUCUAUACUGGCAAGUACAUUGAUGUUCCAGCUGUUGAAAGUCUCCCAGCACGUGGUGCCCGCUCUGCCUUCUGUGUUGAGCCCAGUCGCUACGUCAAUGCUAUCAAUGUGCCUGAGUACAGAAGUAUGACAAUACUGAAGAAGGGUGAGAUAUACGGAAGCAAAAUCGUUUAUCGUGGAUGGAAAGCGUAA